GGAGCUUCAGACAGAACACUGUCUCAGCUCAAGCUCCUCCAUGGGCUCUGAGUACCAAUCAGAUCUCUGCUUCCCACAGCUAGGCAACAUCUCCUGCAGGAAGCCUACAUCUGACGGGUCUUUGAGUUUUUUUCCCAGAGUCUUCCUGUCCGUCGCCUGCGUCCUCACUGUGCUGCUCAACCUCCUCAUCAUCAUCUCUAUCUCCCACUUCAGGCACAUGUUCUUUUGCUCUGAUCCCAGGAUUGGGCAACUCUACACGCCCACCAACCUCCUCCUGCUCUCCCUCGCCAUCUCUGACGUCCUGGUGGGCUUGGCGGGGAUGCCUCUUUUGAUCAUCAUGAGCACAUCCUGCUGGUAUUUUGGUCACAUGGCAUGUAUUCUGUGGAAUUACCUGACUUUCAUUUGUCAGUCUGCCUCAGUAGGAAACAUGGUGCUGAUAUCAGCAGACCGUUUCGCGGCUAUUUGCAAUCCUCUGCAUUAUCCUGUCCAAGUCACUGUGAAAAAAAUUCAACUUUGUGUUUGUCUCUGUUGGUCAGCUUCCGUUAUCUACUGCGCUAUCACUUUCAAGGACAAUUUGGCUGAUCCCGAAUUGUACACCGCAUGCAUUGGAGAAUGUGUUAUCGGUUUCGGUAUGAUCGGAGGCAUUCUGGACAUCAUUGUCAACUUCUUGCUUCCUCUAAGCAUUAUUGUCACACUGAACAUGAGAGUGUUUGUGGUUGUGGUGCAUCAGGCGAAAGCCAUGCGGUCUCUCAAUAAAUGUGUUCAACAUUCUGCCCCUUCCAGAGCCAAGAAAUCGGAGCUGAAGGCCGCCAACACCCUGGGUGUUCUCGUUCUGGUCUUUCUACUGUGUUUCUGUCCUUUUUACAUUGUCCCUCUGCUGGCUAUAAAAUAUGAGAAGAUGAGAUCCGCGGUGAAGUAUGUCUAUUAUUUGUAUAAUUUGAACUCGUGUGUGAACCCCUUGAUAUACGCUACGUUCUACCCCUGGUUUAGAAGAGCUAUUAAGCACAUUGUCACUUUGCAAAUAUUGCAGCCUGGCUCCUGUGACACCAACAUAUUGAAAACUAAACGUGAUCACAUUUGAAACAUUGAAAUGCAACUUCUGCGCGUGGCGUUCCGGGCACAUUCCCAAUACCCUUUCCUGUUUACCCUUGCAUAUUUUUGCUUCGGUAUGUAUUGAGUGCAUUGCUUCAUGUGUUGUGGAAGAGAAAUAUGUUUCAGUUUGCACCUGCUCUGCUGCCUUGCCUCUCCGUUGCCAGGAUUGGUCCAUCACGUCUGACUUGUCCUGACCAAGCUGUUACAUCUGCACGCGCCACUGUUUUGUAGUCCAACCAACAAGAUCUGCACACUCCACUGUUUUGUAGUCCUACCAAUGAAUACAAUAUUAGGCUGAAAAGAAAUCAUUCAGAACCAUUUAUAAAUGACUGUGUCAGGAAAAGCAUAAUUCACUGAUAUAUGAAUGUUACAAUCAUGAUAAAAGUGGUAUGUGGUGGGUAUAUCGAUUGUGUUUAUGCAAUUAGAUGUACAAUACAUAAGCAUAUUAUACACAACAUAUUCUAUUGCACUUUGUGUUUGAUAAUGUUCAAUAACAGUGAAGGGCUACUAACUCUUGACAGAU